AUGGUCAACCAGUCAACGGUAACAGAAUUCCUUCUGAUGGGAUUUUCCAAAAACCAAGAUGAGCAGAUUUUGUAUUUUGUGAUGUUUCUCUGCAUUUAUUUGAUAGCCUUAGUAGGGAAUUUUCUCAUUAUCGCUGCCAUUGCUCUAAACCACCAACUACAUGCCCCAAUGUACUUCUUUUUAGUUAACCUGUCACUGACAGACAUUGGUUACAUCACAACUACUAUCCCCAAAUCCAUGGUUGCUUCUUUGACAGACAACAGACUGAUUUCUUUUGCCGGCUGUGCUGCCCAGGUUUUCUUAAUUAUCAGCUUUGCAGGUUCCGAGAUUGCCUUGCUCACUGUCAUGGCUUAUGACCGUUAUGUUGCAAUCUGUCGUCCUCUACAGUACAGGCUAAUAAUGAACUGGGAUGCCUGCACCCAAAUGGCAGCUGCUUCCUGGAUUAGCACCCUGAUCUAUUCAUCAGUACAGACCAGUGCCACUUUCAAGCUCGAUUUCUGUGGGACUAAUAUUAUUGGGCAGUAUUUCUGUGAUAUCCCUCAGUUACAAAAGAUAUCUUGCUCUAAUACAAAAGUUAACCAGAUUCUGUUGUUUGUCACUGCUAUCCCAUUGGAUACAUUUUGUGUUGGGUUGAUCUUUGCUUCCUAUGGCAACAUCUUCUCUGCUGUGCUGAGGAUCCCAUCAGUUCAAGGUAGAUAUAAAGCUUUCUCUACCUGCACUCCCCACCUAACUGUCUUUUCUUUAUUCAUGACCACAGCUCUUUUUUCAUACAUGAGACCUAAAAGCCUUUCCUCCCCCACAGUAGACCUGAUUUCUGCUGUACUGUAUACAGUUUUGCCACCAGUUCUUAACCCCAUUAUUUAUAGCUUCAGGAACAAGGACAUCCAAGAGGCGGUGUGGAAAAUACCAAAGAAAAUUAAAAGUCUCCUCCGAUAA